UCCGCUCGCUCGCGUCCAAGUCGUUCUCCUUCUUUAACGUUUAACGAAUUAUCUUCGUUCGACAGGAGCAACGACUUCCUACUUGCCGCGAGACCCAGCCAAUCGGACGGACGUUUCCCUUCUAUCUCGUCUCGUGUACGGUACGACCGUACACGUUCUAUGUAAUACGCGUAAAUACGUCAGCGUUUUCAACGAAAUCGUUACCAUUUUCGAUCAUGAGAACGUUCGAUCGUCGAUGGAUUCCGCGAAUCUCGGUCCUUUCGUUGCCAGUAUGGCGAUUAUUGGAGGAGACCACGGAGCCGAACAAACGAGCUCUUUCGCCUUUCGAGACGACGAGAAAUGGCGUACGAGACGUUCAUAGAAAUCGUCACUAUCGCUCUCUCAUUGGCCAGUCGUCGUUUCGUUGCGCUACACUGUGCGCGCGCGCGCGGUCUAUUCAGUCGACGGCUUGCACGUUUGUUUACGUUCGCAAUGACACGGAUAUAGGUAUCUUUCGCGAUAACUAUCGCAAGGACGAAAGCACGCCUCGUCUCGAGGAUAUCUUCGCAGAUGCAAGAGGAUCAAUUGCCAGCGUAAAUUAAAGUCAGAAGCGUAAUAUAGAAGAUCGAGCUCUCUGCGAUGUCGGACGACGAAGAUUUGGUGUACGUGAAGAAACAAAAGAUCGUACAUUAUGGAUCUCUCGAGGAAGCAGAACGUACGCGUCUUGCCGCAGCGGCGGACUGUUCGGAGGAAGAAAAGGAAGCUGCUAAUUCCAAUGACGCGCUCAACGUAUCCUCCUUGGUCGGUAACAUACACAUUUCCAACGAAUACAUGGAAUUGGAAGAUGAAAUGUCUAAAGACAGGCAAGCCUUGUUGGAAGAGUUCGAGCGUAGAAAGAAAGCCAGACAGAUCAACGUGUCCACGGACGAUUCAGAGGUAAAAAAGAAUUUGAGACAGUUGGGCGAGCCUAUAUGUUUGUUCGGCGAAGGUCCGGCCGACAGACGAACCAGAUUAAGAGAGUUACUGGCCAGUCUUGGGGAAGACGCGAUAAAGAAGAAACACGAGGAGGAGGAAAAGCCCGCUCACGCGGUCGAAAGAGACACGGAGUCUACCUGGUAUCACGAAGGACCGGAAUCUCUUCAAAUAGCUCGUUAUUGGAUAGCAACGUUUUCCUUAGCCAGGGCAAAAAUUAGGUUAGAAAAAGCGAGACAGGAUUUCGAAUUGCCAGGUGCUACGCGUACGGCGCGUAGACAAGAACUUUUGAAGAAGCUACAAGCUUUAUCUAUAUAUUGUUCGCAAAUCGGUGACACGAGACCGAUAUCGUUCUGUCAGUUUAGUCCAAAUUCAAAAAUUCUUGCCACAGCCUCGUGGUCUGGCUUAUGCAAAUUAUGGUCCGUACCGGACUGUACUCUCUUACGAACGCUUCAGGGACACACCUGCAACGUUAGCUGCAUCGUUUUUCAUCCAAAUGUUUCGCUUUCCGAGGACGUCCUAGGGGAUGGCGCAGGACAGACGUGCGUAUUGGCGUCUUGCGCUUCGGACGGUACGUUCGACUCGAAUGGAGGGUUUGCUAUCUACGAGCGUUUCACGAGUCGUCGUUCUACAGGUACGGUUAAAUUAUGGUCUGGCGGUAAAGGCGAAGAACCCUUGGCAGAAGUCGAAGGGCACGAACCUCAUAGAGUUUCGAGGAUAGCCUUCCAUCCGUCCGGGAGAUUUCUCGGGACUUGUUGUUACGAUGCCUCCUGGCGUUUAUGGGACUUGGAACAACAGGCAGAGGUUUUGCAUCAGGAGGGUCAUGCCAGAGCCGUACACUGCAUGAGCUUUCAGUGGGACGGCAGCGUAAAUGCUACCGGGGGUCAUGAUUCUUUCGGUAGAGUUUGGGAUUUACGAACGGGUAGAUGCAUUAUGUUCAUGGAAGGUCAUUUAAAAUCUAUCUUUGGGAUCGAUUUUUCACCGAAUGGUUAUCACAUAGCAACGGCGAGCGAGGAUAACACUUGCAAGAUCUGGGAUCUGCGGAAAAGAUCUUGCAUAUACACGAUACCUGCUCAUACUAAUUUGUUAUCCGACGUGAAAUAUCAGAGAGGAGAAGGACAGUAUUUGGUUACAUCCUCGUACGAUAACACGGCCAAGAUUUGGUCGAACAAGACCUGGCAACCGUUAAAGACCUUGCCAGGGCACGACGGUAAGGUGAUGUGCGUCGACGUAUCUCCCGAUCACAAAUUCAUAGCGACUAGCUCGUACGACAGAACAUUUAAGUUAUGGGCACCCGAGAAUAUCUGAGAUAUCUGAGAUAGAGAGUACGCUUACUGGACGAGGGAAACGAACAAUAAAAAAGCAACCAAAAGAAGGAAAGCAAAAGAAAUCAUUAUUUGUAUUGUGUCGAUAUAUGUAAGUAAUAAAAACGUCUUUACGCGCGUAA